AAAUAUGAAACUUGCCAACAAGCGAAAGUGACUCUUUCCACUCUUCUGAAGAAGCUGCCCCUCUUGAACGUGUUAUUUAGACACUUUUAUUCCUUUUUUUCCACAGACCUACAUAACAUCAGCUUUCCACAAGUGAUUUAACUGCUGUGUCUCCAGUACCUGCUCUGCCUUCCAGUCUGAGUGAACCACUGCAGUGAAAGGAACAACUGAGCUGUGGAAAUUUGAAAAACCAAACAAGAAUCAAGAAAAUGUUUGGAUUCUCCACUGGACUUCUGCUCCUUUUAUUCCUGAUUCAUGGUGCUUGUUCUGAGGUACUGAAGGAGGGUGAGGAUAAGGACAUUUCAUGUGACCCAAGCUCAUCAGGACAGACUGUGUGGUGGUUUCGGCUGAAAAACAACUCAGUGUUAGAGUUCAUAGCAUCUUUUACCAGUUCUGGGGACAAAAAAGCAGGAGACAUGGACAGCAAGUUUGACCCUCAGAAGAUGAAAUCUUCAAAACGUUUAACGCUGAAAGGUUUCAAAAAGGAGACGGACAGUGGCUCCUACAGCUGUGCGUCUAUCAACAACAACAAGCUGAACUUUGGCCCUGUGACCAGCCUACAAGGAACACCAGACCCAAAGCCAGAAACCAAAGUGGUCGCAACAACCAGAGAGACACCUGAGCGCUUCACGACUAAAUCCACAGUGUUUUGUGAACCUAAAGAUCAAGGGAGAAAGCCGGUCAGCGCGGUCACUCUGGGUUGUGAGCUUGUGAUUCUGAUUCCUUUGGCUGCAGGCAGUGGUCUUCUUCUCAUCCUACUGAUUAUCACCAUUCUGUACUGUAACCGCACAAGAACAACACGAUGUCCACAUCAUUACAAAAGACACUCCCAAAACAAACCAGCAGGCCAGAGGCCUCCAUCUCAUCAGACCGAUCUGUAGUCUCUGUGAUGACAAACUAACUAAUGCCACCUCCUAUAGAGAGCGAUGCAGUAAACAUGGUUAACCUGUAUAUUUCAAAAAUACUCAUCACUUUCAAAUUAAGCCUGUUGGCUCUCAAAUUGCCCAACAAGCUUUCAGAAAUGUUCCUCUCAAGCUGAAUUUCUGGUUUAAAUGUUGGUUCCACAUAAAAAUCACGCAGCAGACCAAGGUUCUAAUUCUAAUCAAUCAUGCUUAUAGGCUAUUUUGAUCUUGUGUGUGUGCGCGUGUGCAUAUAUCUUUUUUUUUUUCUUUUUUUCUUCACUGACAACCCACUUGAAAUUAUACAAGUGGUGCUGGUAAAAUAAUUUUAAGUGUAUU